GGGAAGUUCUCUCAGAGCGCCAGUAAACAGGUUUUUCAGUGUGGGGCGCGCGGAGGAGCAGAGCGCGCUAUGGGAGACGCGCCGGCGCUGGAGAGACGGGUCUCCCCGCUGAAGAACUUCGUGGCUGGGGGAGUGGGAGGAGCCUGCCUGCUAUUCGCUGGACACCCGCUGGAUACCAUCAAGGUUCGGCUUCAGACUCAGCCGAAAGCCUCGGGUCCUCAGUAUGUGAUCUAUACAGGAACGUACGACUGCCUUCGCAAGACCGUCUCCCGAGAGGGGGUGCUGGGUCUGUAUAAGGGGAUGGGAGCUCCGCUGGCCGGUGUUGCGCCGAUGAUGGCCAUCAGCUUCUUUGGGUUUGGUUUGGGGAAGCAGCUGCUGCAGAGCGACCCGUCCGUUCCUCACACGUAUACACAGAUCUACCUGGCGGGGAUGUUAGCAGGGGUCUUCACCACUGUGAUUGUAGCUCCAGGAGAAAGAAUCAAGUGUCUUCUUCAGGUACAGUCCAGCGCCGGUCAGCUAAAAUACGCCGGGCCUAUGGACUGUGCAGUCAGACUGUAUAAAGAACAGGGGAUUCGUAGCGUUUACAAGGGAACCGUCCUCACUCUUAUCAGAGAUGUGCCUUCCAGUGGCCUGUACUUUCUAACAUACGAGUACUUAAAGCAUGUCCUCACUCCUGAGGGUCAAAGCGUUCAGCAGCUCAGCACGCCCAGGAUUCUCCUGGCUGGGGGCACUGCUGGUAUUCUCAACUGGGUGAUCGCUCUUCCACCUGAUGUGCUCAAGUCCAACUUCCAAACAGCUGCUGAUGGACGUUAUAAAGGUUUAGUUGACGUCUUACGAACACUGAUACGGGAGGAAGGAGCCAAGGCCCUUUACAAAGGCCUGAGCGCUGUCAUGCUACGAGCUUUUCCUGCUAAUGCGGCUUGUUUUCUAGGUUUUGAAGUAGCUCUAAAGUGCUUGAACUGGCUCGCCCCAUCCUGGUGAUUUCUAUACAUGCUGCUGACACUGCUGCUGAUCACUUCUGGCCUACUAAACUGAGCUUUAUAUACAGCUCUGGAAAAAAAAGAGACCAAGAUAUUUUUCUUUGAUUUUACUGAACUGAAAACUUCUGGAAUAUAAUCAAGAGGAAGAUGGAUGAUCACAAGCCAUCAAACCACCAAACUGAACUGCUUGAAUUUUUUCACCAGGAGUAAAGCAGCAUAAAGUUAUCCAAAAGCAGUGUGUAAGACUGGUGGAGGAGAACAUGAUGCCAAGAUGCAUGAACACUUUGAUUAAAAAAUAUUGAUUUUCUAAACUCUUAAAACUUUAUGAAUAUGAACUUGUUUUCUUUGCAUUAGAUAGAUAGAUAGAUAGAUAGAUAGAUAGAUAGAUAGAUAGAUAGAUAGAUAGAUAGAUAGAUAGAUAGAUAGAUAGAUAGAUAGAUAGAUAGAUACUUUAUUGAUCCCCGGGGGGAAAUUCUUGGCAUCCAGCAGCAGGUUACACAAUACACAAAGUUAAAAAAGAUAAAAUAUAAAAUAUAAAGAUACAUAUAAAUACAAUCAAAUAAGAAAUAGAAUAUACAGUGUAAAUGUACAGUCUUCGUGUGUGUGUGUGUGUGUAAUGGAGAUGGAGAAUGGAGGUAGUGCAGUUGAACACAAUAGACAGUGAACACCAGUUGAUGUGCAUAAUGUGAGGAUAACUGAUGUCAGCCAAACAGAAAGUGCAAAUACACAGUUAUAUAAUAAUUAUUUGAGAUCUGAAAGCUCUGCAUCUUUUUUUUUUUUUUUUCAGCCAUUUCUCAUUUUCUGCAGAUAGAUGCUCUUUAAUUACAAUAUUUUUAUUUGGAAUUUGGGAGAAAUGUUGUCUGUAGUUUAUAGAAUAAAACAACAAUGAUCAUUUUACUCAAACAUAAACCUAUAAAUAGCAAAAUCAGAGAAACUGAUUCAGAAACUGAAGUGGUCUCUUAAUUUUUCCCAAAGCUGUAUAUAUGAAAACUCUUCAAGUGACCUCACUGAAAUGUGAAUGUGGAAAUGUGGAUCUCCUCCACAGCUUUAAUGUUUAAGGUCUGUAAGUAGUAGAGCUGGUUGAUAUGGUAAGCAUUUUUUGUCAUGAUAUUUAAGGACAUUUUUAUGAUAUUUAUCACAGUAUUUAUCACAAAGUUUUGAUACGCAGACAAAAUGCAUCAGCAGUGGCAGAUUGUUAAUAGUUCUUAAAAUAAUAAAAAAUGAAAUACUCUUUUAUAUUAUAGUUGCAUAGUGCAGUGAUUGUAUAUUUUUAAUACAUAUGAUUGCAUUUUUUACACUCUACAUAAUGACAUGUACAGUUGGAUGAGUGUUCUUUAUUUACUGAUGCAUAUUGUUAAUUCAAUAAGACAAUUUAUCAAGAUAUGAUAAAAUACCAUCAUAUUGCCCAGCUCUAUUUGUAAGGCCCUGUUUUAUCGUUUUGUUUUUACAUCAAGCCUAAUUUGUUAGAGUGUGUGGACAAUUCUUUUCUAUACAUAAUUGAUGGAACCAUGAACUAGGCUCUCUACUCGGAGAAUGUCUGUCCAUCAGUUUGUGACCUCAAGCUCAGGCAUGCUUGGGUUCUGCAGCAGGACAAUGAGCCUAAGGACACCAGCAAGUCCACCUCUGAAUAACUAAAUAAAAAAAAGAAAUACAAAAUAAAAUGAAUGUUUUUGAGUGGCCUAGUCAAAGUCUGAUAUUCUAAUCUUGAUAUUCUGAUAUUCUAAUUAUGUUCUAUUCAUUAAACCAGUUUAACAGCAGUAAAUUACUACACUUAAAAGUCUUGAGAAAUUGCUAGUAGCUGGAACUGCUAGCAUGUAUUAAUAUUAAAAACAUGGCAACAUUGCAAUGCAUUACAGAUACUUACAGUAUGUUAGAGAUGUUUACUCUUUUAACAUAUGGAAUUAUCUUCUGUUUGCAUUCUGAUUAAUUGUUCAGUUAUCUACACGUCUAAAUAAUGUCUAUCCAAAGAUGUACAAAUGAAGUGUUUUAUGUUAUUAUUGUGUUACUGAUAGUGUAUGUACAAAAUUGUAAUUAUAAAUCAACUUCAAAUUGUUUGCUGUUUGAUGGUGGUUUGGAAGGAUGAUUGUUCAAAAUUUGUAUUUUUUUAAAAAACAAAUAUUGUUUUUUAAUAAAAAGUAAUUUUGUGUUAAUUUA